AUAAUUGGUAUGAAAAGAUUUACUUUGUUUUAAAUUAUCUGUUGUAAUUGCUUCCAUAGGGUUGAAUCUUUCGUGAUUUCACAAUUCCUGGAGGUGGCCCAGCAGAACGCUCAGCCCUGUAUGUGGCCAUGAUGGAAAAGUUGGCUCGGGUACCUUCCUUGAGUGUAGAGUCAUUGCAGAUGGAAGGAUACAGCAGCGGGGCUGGGCACUGCAGAAGACAGAUGGCUGUAUAUACCCAGAAGAUCCUGAGAACGGAGCUGGCCACCCACCGCGAGAACAAUUCCAAAGCCCAGUUUCCGCUGAAGGAGACUCGUGCAGGAGCUGGUCGGGGCUGUUUUUUGCACAGUUAGGGUGAAUUUACAGGAUAAUCUGAUGAAGACAUUUUCCCAAGGUUCUGCCCAUGAUUUGGAUUGGAGCUGCACUGCUGAGGCGCAUGACCUGUUGGCCCCAGGGCUAUGCCAUGACACAGCUUUUUCCCGGUGAACCCUCCUGAUGGACCCACAGGGAGUCCUAGUGUGAGCAGGCCAGGAGAGAGAAGUAGACAUGCUGAAGGAGCUCCAGCUCUCCCUGUCGGUCAUCCUGCUGCUUGCUUGUGUCUUCUUCUACCAGCUCACCCUGAAGUCCGUCUGCCUCUUCUCCUGCCUGCCUCCCUACAAGUCCCAGCAGGGGCUGGAAGCCCUCCUGAGCCAUGGGCGCAGCAUCGUGUUCCUGGAGACCUCAGAGAGAAUGGAGCCAUCGCCCCUGGUCUCCUGCGCUGUGGAGUCUGCUGCCAAGAUUUAUCCAGAGCAGCCUGUGGUGUUGUUUAUGAAGGGUCUCAACAAUUCCACGCAACUGCCCACCAACUCCACCUACCGAGCCCUUUCCCUUCUCUCAGCAAUAGACAAUGUUUUCCUCUUCCCUCUGGAUAUGGAAAGGCUGUUUGAAGACACGCCAUUGCUUUCAUGGUACUCUCAAAUCAAUGCCAGUGCCGAGAGACACUGGCUCCACGUCAGCUCAGAUGCAUGCCGCCUGGCCAUCAUCUGGAAGUAUGGCGGCAUCUACAUGGACACCGAUGUCAUUUCCAUCAGGCCCAUCCCUGAGGAGAACUUCUUGGCUGCACAGUCUUCUCGUUACUCUAGCAAUGGGGUGUUUGGAUUCCUGCCCCGCCACCCUUUCCUGUGGGAGUGCAUGGAAAACUUUGUUGAACACUACAAUUCGGACAUUUGGGGCAACCAGGGUCCCAAUUUGAUGACAAGGAUGUUGAAACUGUGGUGCAAACUCAGAGACUUCCAGGAGGUGAGCGACCUCGGGUGUCAGAACUUGUCCUUCCUACAUCCCCACAGAUUUUACCCCAUCUCCUAUCCACAGUGGAGGCGCUACUAUGAAGUCUGGGACCCAGAACCGAGCUUCAACUACUCCUAUGCCCUGCACCUGUGGAACUACAUGAAUCAUAACAAGAAGGUCGUGGUCAGAGGGAGCAACACACUGGUGGAAAAUCUCUACCGUAAGCACUGUCCCAGGACUUACAGAUACCUGAUUCAAUGCCCAGAGGGGCUGGUGACUGGGAUGCCAGGGCCAGGUAACAAAUAGAGCCAACCCUGGGGUGUUGCUGAUGUGGUGUGGAACUGGACUUUCAUGGAGUGCCACACUUUCACUUCAUCUCUACUUCCCCAGGGGUGUGGAGCUUGCUCACCUAUCAGUUAGGAUUACCUUUGUCUGUCUAUAAUAGAAAAAUCCCAAAGAUCAUUGGUAUGUAAAAUAUAGACAUUUAAUUAUCUCUCAUAUACAUGAAGUCUGAAGGCAGACAAUUCAGGGUGGGUAUGGUGACUGCAGUCAUCAGGGACCUAGGAUUCUUGCAUCUCUCCAAGUGUCAUCCUUAGUGCCAGUAACCCACCCAUGGUCCAUAUGGCUUUUGAUCAGCCCAUCGUGUCUGCAUUUCAAGCAAAAGGAUGAAGGAAGGAGAAACGUGUACCUCUUUUAUUUUAUGAAGCCUUCCAGCAAGUACCAUAUAACACUUCCCCUUACAUCUCACUGGCCAGACUGUAGCUGCAAGAGAGGCUAGGAAAUUUAAGGAGGAAAAGAAAAUGGGAUAGGCAGCUAAUAGUUUUGCUCAUGUUAAAUUUAUUUCUGUAAGUUUAAUUCCAGGGUCUUUUAGAGAAUGGACUGGGAAAAAAAGAGAAUUGAUUUCUAACCUGAUUUUGUUACACAUUUAUGCAUUCAGUCAAUAAAUAUUAAUUGAGCCCCUUCUGUGUAUUGAGCACUGACUCAAGUGCUGAAGAGACAGCUGGAUCAAGCAGACAAGUUCCUGUCUUAAUCAUUUUGGCUGAAAUAACAAAGUGCCACAGACUGGGUGGCUUCUCAAUAACAGAAAUUUCUAUCUCACAGUUCCAGAGGCUGGAAGUCCAAGGUCAACAUGUUUGGGUUCUAGUGAGGAUCCUCUCCCAGGUGGCAGAUGGCACGCUUCUUGUUGAAUUCUUAUAUGGCAGAAGGGCAAGGGAGCUCUCUGGCAUCCCAUUUACAGGGGAAUUAAUCCCAUCAGUGAGGGCUUCACCCUCAUGAGCUAAUUACCUCCCUGAGGCUCUGCUGACCAGUUUCAUCACAUUGGGGGUUAGGAUUUCCACAUAUGAAUUUUGGGGGGACUUAAAUAUUCAGUCCAUUGUAGGUCCCUAGAUCUUACGUCCCAGUGACUGCCCCAUAUCCCCCUGGCACAGUCCCCUCCCCUCUCCAGGGUGUCUGCUGUUCCUCACUCUACCUGACCUGGCUCAUAAAAGCCAAUUACAAGUUUGAAAUUUAAAACUGCUACCCCUUUUAUGGUCACAUAAGAAUUCACCUCCUCUUCCCAGAGGGUAUGACAAUUAAUAUUUUUACCACAAAUAUUCAUCAGACAAGAUUUUCCAGAACUUUCCUUUUGGUAGUUUGCUUUAUAGGAAAAAUAGUUAUAGUUUCUUCAACUAUGAAUUUAUGAUCCUUUUUCAAAGAACAUGCCUCCAUCCUCUUUCAUUCUGAUAUUUCUCCCUUUGAGAAUCACUGCUUUGACAAUUUUAUUUUAAAAUACUCAGAAGUCACGUGUUCUUCCCCACCUUUAUUUAUUCCCAGCUACUUGCUCUGGAUUCUUAGAUAUCUCACACCAUUACCCCCAAAGUAAGACUUAGAAACCUGCAGGUAUUCCCCAGGGCUGUGUUCUGAGUUGUGUCUCCAGAGACCCUGCUAGUUCUCGGCUUUCCUGAUUGUCUCCACAGGUGAGGGUUCUUAGGGUGGGCCCUCUCAGGGAGGAGUGGGGUCACACACAUCGAUCCCAUUUCCCACAUCUGGAGAAUGCAUGACAUAUGGUUCUCCAAUUAACAUUGCCAACCACUACGGUUUUGAAUGCUUUGGUUAGAAAUGUUUUCAUUGUUUCAAAAACUGUAUGAAUUGUCUCAUCAUGGGACCAAACAGGUCAGCCUGAAUGUCACAUUUUUUAAUGUUGGGCUGUGAUUAUAUGAAUUCAGUGUGGUGAUAUUAGUAAUUUGAUGUUGUGGGGAAGUUGGGGUUCCUAUGGCCAGGAUCCUCACUGAACUGAGAUAACCUGAUGAUGUAACUGGCCUGUUGCUAGGAUACCGCUUCCACACCUUUAGGCAAUAAGCUAUUAUUGCACUGUAUGGGCGGAGGCAGAGAUGCUAGUGCUCGACCUACUGCCAGAGAACAAGCCGGGUAAUAAGCCCUUUCACCCCAAAGAAUGUUUUGCUAUUAAUUUCUUUGGUCACAUUGAAUCCAUAGCGAACUUACCCGGGGCUGAAACCCAUUGGCAAGACAGCUGUUUAUAGAGAGUUUUACCUGGCAGAAAAAUAUUUUUGGUUAAUAAAACGUGGGACAUAAAUUAACAAUGUGUUACUUAGCUGCAGUUUGUUAAGUAGAAAAUAAUAUUUCAAAACAUGGUG